AUAUUAAAAUGGCUUUUACACCAUAAUUGAAACCUAUUGAGCAAGAAGGUUGUAUAUAAAGGUGGCGGCACAGAGGAAAGAACAACAAUAGAGUUGAAUUCUCACUUGUGCAACAUGAAGACCGUCCUUGUUGCUCUGCUCGUAUUUUUCCUCAUCAGCCAGGGUGAGGCUUUGGAGUGUCACUGUGGAGGACUGCGGCAUUGCCCGAGAUCGAGAGAAACGUGCACAGAUUCUGACAACGCUUGUGCCAGUGUUAUCUUUCAUGUUGGUUCACGUCCCAGCUACUUUAAAGGCUGCAGUUCACUGUUUAAAUGCAGAGUAUUGAAUAAUCCUGGCGUCUCCACAGCAUCUUGCUGCACCUCUGACUUAUGUAACAUAUAAACCUCAUGUUGAUGAAUGUCAUCCUGCACUUAUCUUGAUGGAUAAACAUUAAAAACAAACUUUGACUGAC